AUGACCACGCCGGCGACUCCGAAGAGCAAACCCGCGCCCGCCGACAAGAAGCCAGCCAAGUCGCCCUUCGUCUUAGGCAAGGGCCCCGGUCCCAUCGACAAUGCGAAGAUAAAAGCAAAAAUCGAGAAAUGGCAAGCCGCGGGCGGCGGCUCCAUCACCAUCGCCGAGCCUGACGUGCCCGAGCCUGCCAAACCCUCUCCAGCUACACCCAAGGAAACGGCGGCAGCGCCCAGAAAAAAGGCAACACCCAAAAAAGCGGCAACGCCGAAGCGAGCGACAACGCCGAAGGAAGCGGUAACGCCAAAGGAAGCGGCAACGCCAAAGGAAGCGGCAACGCCAAAGGAAGCGGCAACACCAAAGGAAGCGGCAACACCAAAGGAAGCGGCAACGCCCAAGGAAACGGCAGCGCCCAGUGAAGCGGAUAAGGACGAGGGACUUAAAGAAGCGGAAGAGGCUGCCGAACCGGUUCCAGCUGCUGCUGCUGACGCGGCUGACGUCGAUGCGAAAGAGAAGGAUCCACCGGUUAUGAAGGCCCCAGCAAGGCCUCCAUCCAAGACACCCUCGCCGAUCAAGAUCAUGAAGGGCAAUGAGCUUGAUCAGGAGAUGCAGGCUGCCGUGACGCCGAAGAAGCGGGUCAUCAGCGACAGCCAUUGGCGCAAAAGUCGGUCUCCGCCAAAGGAAAACAGGCCUACCGGCUGGGUGCGUCCUGCCGUCAAGAAAAUACAGGUGCCGAAGCCGGAGGAGAAGAAAGAGGAGCCUAAAAAGAAGGAGGAGGAACCUAAGAAGAAGGCGGUGGAACCUAAGAAGGAGGUGCCUGAACCUAAGAAGGAGGAGCCAAAGAAGAGCCCACCCAAGAUCCCGAUCCUUCCCAAACCUGUUUUUGCGCCGGACGGAACCAGAGUUGCCGCCGUGCGGAGGCGGCGCAAGUCAACUGUGUCGAAGAGUAGUGACGAAGAUGAGCCGCCGGAGCAACCUCCAGCACUUCGAGCAGAGCGCGGACGGGUGGACAGCUUUAUUCCCCGAGUACUCUCGUACGAGCCGCCUUCAAGCAGCAAUCGCGUGAAAGAAGCCAUCAGAAGGCACGAGGCGUUGGCUCGCGGAGAUGUCUUGGAGGAUGUGCCUGCAAAGAGAAGGUCUGUCCGCAAGACAAAAAGCGUCUACGGCGACGACGAGAGAAAGCGAGACCGGAGCCCAGGUGCAGCAUCAGCACCCGGUGCUCGUUCAGAAGACGAGCUCCGGAGGAGGCGAAGGAUGAGGAGGCGGCCCACCGAAUCCAGAGACGACGUCUCAAGCUUGACCCCCGACGGGGACCGAGCCGUGGAGAGGAGGACAAGCCGACGGAAGUCUCACAGGACUCUUUCCCCUGGGCCCGCUGACAAGCCGACCGCCACUCAAUCCGCACCCGUCACGCCUCAACCCGGCACGCCGACUCCGACCGACAACCCAGACACGCCUAGCGAGAAGGUGUUCGGGAGCCGAGUAGAAGCAUGGCUCUCGGGCACGCCGGAUCCUUUCGUUGAGGGCAAGGAUGAGAAGAAUAAAGAGAAGAGAAGGACUUCGCGGCGUUCGUCUUCAAGCACGGAAGGCUCGACAGUGUUGUCCUCGACUGUGGUCACUGAGAAUACACAUGACGAAAAGGACUCUGGAAGGCCUCACGAGUCGCCGUCUUCACGUCACGGAAGCAACAGGAGGAGAAGGUCGCGUAGAAACCACGACAGCCAAGACGAGUCGGUCUUGUCGGACGACAGGCAGAGGAAACCGUCGCUUCCUCCUUCGCAAGACGACCAGAACGUCGUCACGGUCGAGUAUGACGAAUCUACAACGACGGCUUCUAAUACGUCAUCCCUCAAGCGAAGGCCGGCGCGGCGCAAGUCAGAGUCGUCAUCGAAAGCCCGUCCUUCCCAGUUGCCGGCAACCAUUCCAGAGGACGAAGCUGUCUCAUCCGUUGCAACAUCCUCUGUCGAUCCAUCGGGUGCUGAAUUCCCCGACAUGACUCCCCGCCCCCGCAAUUCUGUGAAGCGCGGAUUCCCAACCACCGGCAGGAAACUUUCAACAAUUGCUUCGGUGGAUACACUCGAUUCCAGGCGGAAGACCUCACGCACGGUUUCUCAAGGGUCCGACAAUACAAUUCAUCCCGAUGAUGCCAUCAAGGACGACCACCCGGCCGACGAUUCUGGAAAGCCUGCAGACGCUAUGUCGAUUAUGACUGGAAUGACUGGCAUGAGCACCCGAAGCAGGAAUAGCACAAAGCGGCGACUUGCCACUCACGGUGAUCUUAUGUCUGUCCUUUCGAUGCCAGAGCGUAAGAAUUCGAAGAGCAGGAGUAUCGUGUCCGCACGCAGCAUUCGGACCAACAAGAGCAAGCUGGCCACGGCAACAAUGAGCGACUUGAUGAGGGAGUUGCAGUCGGACGAGUUGAAGUACAUGCGCGAGCUGCGCACACUCGUCGAUGGAGUGAUCCCAGUCCUUUUGACUUGUGUACUGUCAAAGUCGGAGUCUGCCGUAACAGCCGGGCUGUUCAGCAAGACCGGGACUGGAGGGGAGAGCGCAAAGAUCACGAAACCCAUUGUGGAGAUGGGCGUUGCAUUGGAAAGGCUGAAGACUCUGCACAAACGCAUUCCGAAGGAGGAACCGGAAGCUCUUCUCUCAUGGGCACAAAGUGCAACAAGAGUUUACACCGAUUACGUGAAGUCUUGGAGGUUGGGCUUCCAGGACGUAGUCGUGAACCUUGCGCCUGCAAGCGAUGAGGAUAAGCCUGAGAAGAAAGACGACGAUGACGCAGAAUCGACCAUCGACGCGGGCAUGCCGUGCAACGACGAAGGAUAUGUCGUCGAUGGCGAUGGUGAAAGAGUCGACGUAGCUUUCCUUCUCAAACGCCCACUCGUUCGCCUCAAGUACCUCGCCAAAACUCUCAAGGGCAUCAACAUCCUCAAACCAUCUGACCGGGCGAAUGACCUUGCUGCCAGAUAUCAAGAUCUGGUUAUCCAGGCCAGGAAGCGAUCGAACGAGGAACGAGCCCGAUUGGAGGACGAGGCUGCUAGCAGCAUAGACCCUACAAGAGCAAGGGACCCGCGCAGUCUGGCUCCCCUAUCCGGUGUUAGCAUCGAUGCGACUCGAUGCGUGCGCGCAAGAGACUAUUUCGACAUGUCACUGCUGCAUUCAAGCGGACAAGAGGUUGACUGCAGGGUUGAGCUACUUAUCCGCGAUGACGCACCUGGGCGCGGAAGCAGCGGAGAUCUCCUCCUUUGUGAAGUUGACAACACGGGCCGCUGGCUCUUCUUCCCACCCAUUCAAAUCACCCGCGUUUCGGCCCGCAAUGGCGAUCUCAAGGGCGAGAUCGUCGUCAUGAUUCGCGGUAACAGCUCUGGCGGCGAGGAAUGGCGUGAAUUGCUUACUCUACGGACCAAUGAGGAAGAUGUAGGCUUUGAAUGGGUCCAGAUGCUGGGACUAAUACCCGUCCCUCACAAGGUUUCAAGGGGCUUGAGCUUUCGCGAGAAGCCAGCUGUACGUCCGACAAGCAGCCACGAAUCUUCCUCGCUGUCAGCUGUCACUGGGUCUACUCCACCAAUCAAGAGCAGGACACCCAGCCCCCGCGAGAUUGAAAUACCAAUGGGAGAAAGAGCAGGCGAGUCAGCCAAGAGAUGGAGCCACGCAACUCCGGACAAGUCAAGGCCUGUUUCGCCGGAGACACCUGGCAGCUCCGUGCUCAGCAGCGAACAAGGCACUCUCGGCGCCUCUGACGCGGUAUCACCUGGGGCGGAAGGCGGCGACCUUACACCACGCAAAACGCGUCUACCGCCGCUGCAGAUUUCAUCGAGCACCUGGACCGACGCGAUGGCUGCGGCUGAGAGCCCGACCACUCCGACGCUGAAGCGGUCAAAGGCCAAGAGAUAUUCGCGGGGUGAUCCCCGGCCGCAGAGAGCCUCGAGGGAUUCGAGCGCGGAUCAAGCACCGUUGAGCCCAGAAGAGCAGACGUCACGGCCAAUGUUGCACUCUGAGCAUUCGUACGCCACCACUGCCUCAUCUCAGACUGGGAGCUCGUAUACCGGCAGUUCAUACAUCAGUGAGUCUACGGAAAGAGGCGGAAAAAGCAACUAUACGGUGUGGUAUCCUCGGUCGGAACCGGAAGACCUCAGUGACAGCGAUUAUUCCGACGAGGACGAUUCCCCGUUACCCCAGCGGAGACCUUCACAACGGCCUGCGGCCCAGAGACGUACAUCGUCUGUUCCUUCGAUCGACCUCCCGUCUAUCCCAAAGGUCCGCAGAUCUAGCCAGCCGGAGGCCCUGACGAGAGACGAGAUGCGUGCGGAGUCCCUUCCUAUUCAUACGCAGAAGAAAUCCAGGGCCAUGGCCGAGGAGGAGUCGUUGCCAAAGACAGAGGAUGUACCGCCUCCUCCCCCACCGCACCGCUCUGUCAGUCCAACGCCACAAUUGAAGGUGUCACCAGUGCCAAACUUCAGUCCACCCGCUCCGGGCUUCCGGAACCACAGACGUACUUCAUCUCCGCUGAAGCAUGAAUACCAGCCUUCCACGUGCAGCGAGUCUUCUGGGGACAGCGAAUUGUCCUUCUCUGAUGAUGUCGGCUCCUCCUAUUCCGAGUCUUCCGAGGAUGACCUUGAGGCCGACGAUGUCGCGCCGCUUGGGCAGUUGCCUCCGAUGAACCAAACCCACCAGUUCCCCGAAACUUCGCCACCACAGUCGGAAUAUGCCCCUGGGACGUCUACUUUGACCCCUUCUCAAUCCGCCUCUCAGGGCCCAUACAGGACUGUCCCGCCCACUUCUGCCAAGCCUGCCAAACUUGUGGCAGACAUUUUCGCUUGGUCUGACAAUGGCAUGUGGGAUACUCUUCAUCCCGAUGAGUGUAGCAUCGUCAUCACCCCGGGCCUGAUUGAAGCCUUCGAGAUGGGGCCUGAGCAUUCCCAGGAUGCUGUCACCGAGGAGGAGAGUGGCAGACGGCCACUCAUCGCGCUUGAACUCACCCCUCUCGUACCUCUUAGGCGCGGAACUGCCCUGGAUAUUUCCAUCCGCUCUCCUCCGACCCCCAAUUCCAGGAUCCGUACAAGUGCUCAUAUCAUGUUCCGUUCGCGCUCUUCCGAGGAGUGUGAGACGCUAUACAACAUGAUCAACCAGGCCCGUAUCAACAAUCCGACUUACAUAGCCCUUCAAAAUGCUCGCGGACCGUAUGCUGAGGACACUUGGGCCGCUGCUAUGGACCGCCGGAAUGCUGAACGCACUGAAGGAAGCACCGCUGGAGGCAGCAGCUGGUGGGGUAGUCUUGGUCGCAGGAACAGUUAUCGUGCCAAAUCCACUCGUGCGCUCAGCACGUCCGCUGGCACCGGCAGCAGCGUCAACACUAUCGGGAGCGCUUUCUCGGCACUUAAGCGCUUCGGUGCGGGUGGCAAGCUCUUCAAUGGCAAAGGUAGCAUGUACUCAUCUAACCAGGACAGCCAUAGCCGCAGCACGGACUCGCUGACCGGCGAGGUUGAGACGAGCUCUGGCACCUCGCCACACACGCCGGACCCAGAUGAUCCGAUGCUUGAUGCCCAGGGAAUGCCGCUUGGCAUCAUGAACACCAAGAUCAGACUGUACGCGCGCGAGUCUCAGCAGAAAUGGCGCGAUAUGGGCGCAGCCAGACUGUCCAUCAUGCGCCCCUCGCCGCCAGCAUCACCGAACGCGAACCCAUAUGUCAGACAGGGCCAAGGAUCCCCUGGCCAUCGGAACCCAGAGACGGAGAAGCGUAUAGUUGUGCUUGGGAAAACGAAGAGCGAAACGCUGCUCGAUGUGACCCUGAGUGAGAGUUGCUUCGAAAGAGUCGCGCGCACGGGUAUCGCGGUCAGCGUCUGGGAGGAUACAGUGGGCAUGAACGGGGAAGUGGGAGGUAUCCCAGCCCUUGGAGGUGUGGCGGCUACGAAGGCGAGGGUGUAUAUGAUCCAGAUGAAAUCCGAGCGCGAGUGCGCGUACUGCUUCUCCUUGCUCGGAAAGCUGCGGUACUGA